AUGUCUUCCCCACCCCAGGGCCCACGUCUCAAGUACUCCAUAACCCACUACCGCAAGCCCGGGCGCAGCCACGACGACUUCAUAAACUGGAUCGUCAAAACCCAUCUCCCCAAAGCGCUGCCCGUGUUUAAGAAACACGGGAUCCUAGGCUACUCGCUCUUCGUCACCCCCGCAGCCCUCAACAUCGAUUUGAAACCGCAAUUCGCAACCCUGCGUCCCACGUGGGAGUUUGCGGAGUUCGACUGCUUUAUCGAGUACAUCAUCCCGAGUUUUGAGUGUGUGAAGGCCGUGAUGAUGGACGCCGAAUGGGCGGAGGCGGUGGCGGAUCAGGAGGAGUGGGUUGAUGUGCCGAGGGCGUUGGUUAGUAUGGGGUUUGUGACGGCGUAUUUGGAGGAGGGGAGGGAGGUGGGGGAGUUGAAGUCGUAA